CACUAUUCGCAUGCCGAAUCCACUGCUGACUCUACUCGACACGUGCACUGAGCGUUGUGAGUUCGUUGGGAGGAAACUAAUGUUAGUUACAGUGUAAGUAUUCGAAGUUGGGUCAUAGCUAAAAGGCCAGUGUGCUGUGAAGUUAUGGGGAGACUGAGAAAGCGCCACAACUGGAAAGCUCGACAGGAGACUAAGGUGGACAUUGAUACGACUUUGGAGAAGCAAAUACCUGUUGUGGAAGGAGCUGGUGUCACAAUUGAAAAAACUGAUGAAGCCAAUGCCCUUGUUUUACCAUCACGGAAAAGGAAAACUGUGAAGAGACAUGAUGGUCAGGUGUCUGUGCCCCUUCUCUCCAAAAAGCAGCGGAAGCACUUGGAAAAAAUUGUUGAGCGGCACAAGAAGAAAAAAGAGAGAGCUGAUCUUCUUGCAGCACUGCAACAGCAUCAGGUUAGUUCUUCCGAGCAAGAGCAGUUCACCUCAAUAUCAGCAGUGCAAACUGAAGGUCUCAAGAAACGAAAGCUCUCUAGUAUCAGAAUCAGCCGGAAGAAGAGGAGACUAGAGAAAAAGAAGGCAAAGGAUUCACAGUUAGAGCUAGAAGAUGACUCUGAAUAUGAACUUGCUAAUGAAGACAAGAACCGAGUCAAUUUCAGUGUGAUUGGCCUGAAAGUUGGUGUUGAUAGCGAGAGUUCAGAUGAAGAAUAUACAUCAGAGGACUCACAAAAGGAUUCAUCCUUGGUGGUUGAAGGCAAACCAAAGGAUCAGAACGUUACAGCUGUUGAUAAUGAAGGAGAGGCUCCCUUGGACUCAUCAUCAGAGCUGAUAACACAGAGAAAUCAUACCAGGAAGACAGAAGGAGAUGCAAUAGAGCCAACAGUAUUCGUACCUGUGCACCGCGCAGAGGAAGUGCAGCAGCAGCGGUCAAAGUUGCCCAUAUUUGGAGAGGAGCAGGCAGUGAUAGAGGCAGUGCGGGAAAAUCCCGUUGUGAUUGUUGCUGGAGAAACUGGUUCAGGAAAGACCACUCAAGUCCCUCAGUUCCUCUAUGAAGCUGGCUAUGCAUUGAAAGGAAUGAUCGGAGUGACUGAGCCCAGACGAGUUGCUGCCAUCUCCAUGUCUCAGCGAGUUGCCUAUGAGAUGUCCCUGUCCAAGGACAUUGUGUCCUAUCAGAUCCGAUAUGAUGGUAAUGUCACACCAGACACCAAAAUCAAGUUCAUGACUGAUGGUGUGUUGCUCAAGGAGAUCCAGAAGGACUUCCUUCUGAAAUCAUACUCUGUGAUCAUCCUGGAUGAGGCUCAUGAGCGGAGCGUGUUCACAGAUGUCCUCAUUGGGCUCCUAUCCCGGAUCCUCCCUAUUCGAGCCAAGCGGGGUCCUCCUCUCAAGCUCCUCAUCAUGUCAGCCACACUGCGCAUUGAGGACUUUGUUGAGAACACUCGCCUCUUCAGAAGCCCUCCGCCUGUCAUUACAGUGGACUCACGUCAGUUUCCAGUGACGGUACACUUCAACAAGCAGACCCCAAGUGAUUAUGUGGAGGAGGCAUUCCGGAAAGUGUGCAAGAUCCACCGCCGCCUCCCAGAGGGUGGUAUCUUGAUCUUCCUUACUGGGCAGCAGGAAGUGAAUCACCUGUGUCGUCUCCUCAAGCGAACCUUUCCCUUCCAUGCAACCCUGGAUUCUGAAGACAAUGUUGACAGUCAACUUGACAAGACCAUCAAGGCUGUGAAGCAUAAAAGACACAAAGUUCCUCUGGUUCAUCUUGAAGAUUUCCCUCUAGUCCCCCUGGAUGAACAGACUGGAGAUGAGGAUUUGGGACUGGGAGAUGAUGAAUUGCUGGAUGAUGACAUGGACUCAUUCUUGUCAAACUGUCAGAGUGGAUUAAAGGAGCAACCCAUCCAUGUCCUGCCGCUCUACUCCAUAUUACCCAGCCAUCGACAGGCUGAAGUGUUCAAAGAUCCACCAGAGGGGAGUCGAUUAUGUGUGGUGGCGACAAAUGUAGCUGAGACAUCCCUCACCAUCCCCCACAUCAAAUAUGUGGUAGAUUGUGGGAAGCAAAAGAUGCGAGUAUAUGAUCAGGUCACUGGUGUAUCCACAUUCCAUGUUGACUGGACAUCCCAAGCAUCGGCCAAUCAGAGGGCUGGACGUGCUGGGCGAGUUGGCCCUGGUCAUUGCUAUAGGUUGUACUCUUCAGCUGUGUUCAAGGAUGAGAUGCAGAUAUACUCAGAAGCAGAGAUCCAGCGGAAGCCUAUAGAUGAUCUCCUUCUCCAAAUGAAAGCACUUAAUAUCCGCAAGGUCUGCAACUUUCCUUUCCCUUCUCCACCCAAGCAAGAGAAUAUUGAAGCAGCUGAGAGACGACUGAUCCUGCUUGGAGCCCUUGAAGAUAAUGGCAAGGGGGACUUUGCAUCGGGGAUUACUGGAUUGGGAAUGACAAUGGCGAGUUUGCCUGUAUCUCCACGCUUUGGGAAGAUGCUAUCUCUGAGUCACCAACAGGGUCUUCUACCCCUAGCUGUAUGGCUAGUUGCAGCCAUGACUGUUCCAGAGCUUCUUCUUGAGAGACCUCUCACCACUGGCAAUGCCCAGACCUCUGCUGGGCCUGACAAAGAUGAUCGCAAGCGCCUCCAGGCUCUUCGAUGUACAUGGGUUGGACAGGGGGACUCACUCUUACUGGGAGAUGCAAUGGUACUUCUGAAGGCUGUAGGGGCAGCAGAGCAUGCAAGUUGCUCUGGUCCUCGCUCUCUGUCCAAAUUCUGUGCCAAGUAUGGCCUGAGAGAGAAGGCCGUGAUCGAGGUGCGCAAACUCAGGCGUCAACUUACCUCUGAAAUCAAUCUCCUCCUCCCUAAUGCCAACCUCCCUCUUGAUCCUUUCCUUCAACCACCCACCCCUGACCAGAUGCGACUGUUGAGGCAGUUGCUACUAAGUGGUCUGGUGGACCAGGUUGCAAAGAAGAUGGGACCUGGACCAGAGAGGGAAAAAAAGCAACUGAAGCGGGCAUAUCAGAUGCUUGGGAUGGAGGAUCCUGCUUGGAUCCAUCCCUCUUCUGUCCUAUUCACUUCAUCUCCUGAAUUCCUCAUCUUCCUUGAGGCAUUCCAGUCCAACAAGGUCUACCUCCGUGGUGUAGUAGCAAUCGAACCAGAAUGGCUGCCAACCUUUGCCCCAAAACAGUGCAACAUAUUAACUCCCCUGGAGGAUCCCCCACCCUCAUAUGACUCAGAAGGCGAUCGUGUUGUGUGCUGGGUCACAGGUACCUUUGGAAAGGAGGCUUGGGAACUACCUCGAGUUAGAAUAGAACAUCCUGAUGUCCUGGACCGCUUUCGUUGGUUUGGGGUGUUCUUUCUUGAUGGUUCCAUUGUUCCAUCUCUGAAGAAGUUUUCAUCCUCACUCCUUUCCCCUCCAUCAACCAUGGUCAAGUCCUGGGCUCGACUCCAGUCACGGACCAAUGCCUUCCUUCAAGCCCUCAUCAGCAGACGAAUUGACACACGAAGGAAGCUUGAGGAGGCCUGGUCAACAGACAACACAUGUCUGCUGAAGGAAUACUUGGCAUGGGUCCCCCCACAGCUGCACAAUGAUGUCUAUCUUUCCUGGCCUCCACUCAACAAGAAGGAAGACUCUUUUGCCUCCUGAAUUGUGAUGUUUGCUGCAAUUUUUUGCAGAUGAUAUUGAUUUUUUUUUACUUC